GAUGUAAAGAAAAAAAGGAGGAACUGUACAAAUAUAGAUUUAUGUGUAUAAAUUACCUAGUUGACACAGUCAUGUGAAAAAGAGUCUCUUUAAUUUAAAAUUCGCUUUUGAGAACCGCCCCGUUUCCGACGCUCCUCGUCUCGCCAUUUUGUAUUCAGGUAAAAUCCCAGGUAUUGUGCCGUGACAGGGGAACCGUAACCGGUUAUGAGUAGGUAACAAUAAGCACAGGGCGCUGUCUUGACCACUGCUUCAUCUCCCCCCGCUAAAUCCAGAUCUCUCUCUCGGCCCGUCACGGUUCAACAUGGGACGUGGACAGUUGUGUCUCCUGUUCUUGGUCCUGUGUAUGAUUCUGAUUUCUCUUGGACUUAUCUUGACCAGUAUUGUGACUGAUUAUUGGUACAAUGUCCAGAACAGUAAUUCCAAUACUACCGUGGCCAAUACGUACUCGUAUUCUUUUGGCAUGUGGAGGAAGUGUUAUACUAAAGACGUUCCUAAAGACGUGCCUUAUGAGAGACGCGUAAACAAAUGUGCCUACACUUACCAGGACCUGGUACCCAGGACAAUGCCUUCCACGGAGGAGGGGGCGCGGUAUCUACACUUGGAGCGGGCGUGGGUGGGCUGUGCUAUAGCCUCGGCAGGGAUUCAGAUAUUUGCCAUCCUGACAAUGAUAUGUGGCUUAUGGCCGGCGGACUGUGCCAACGCCAAGAGAUCGACCCUGUAUCUAGUGACAUCCAUCCUCUGUCUCAUAGCAGCUAUGUGCGGUAUAACUAGCGGUAUCUGCUUCAUCGCCCUACGUGACCUUGACUCCUCCUCUAGAAAUAUCUACCCCAACGGAACUACGACACUGUACGAUUUCUCGUUCAUGAUGGAGUGGGCCUCCAACUCUCUCUGUAUCCUAGAGGGAUUUAUCUUCCUGUGUCUGCUAAAGAUGGACUAUAAUGAUAUAACGGAAACAGGGAAAUAUAACUCCUUCAUGUGAUUCUGUUCCGGCAAAAAUCACUCGGAACAUUUGUCGGACUUAUAAACGUCCAUACUGCCCUUUUCAUUGGUGUUUUACAAUGAAAACUGUAGUUUAAAGAAUCGAGCAAGGUGUUUAUUUUCGGAAAUAAUGAUCAUUUUCCAGUUUUUAAACCACCCAUGAACAAUUCUGGGUGUUAAAAAUCGCAUUCCUCUCUUUCCCAUUUAGAAUGGAAGCUAUAGCAACAUGUACUUGUAUUAUACUUCUGGACGAGAAUCGAUAGGUGUUUACCUUUCAGAAGUUGUGGCAUAAAUAAUUUAAAUUUUAAGAAAAAAGUAACGUUGAUUCUGAAAAAUUACAAACAUUUCAGUAUGUAAAUGUAUAUAAUGUGUAUGCAAUAAGAAGAACAUUAUAUUUUUGUACUUAAAAACUUGUGUGUUUUAUAUUAAAUACCGGUACUCAAUACAUUGUAUGAUUAUUUUUAUGGCAUUCAUACUGAUAAAUCUAUUUUUGUUUUGUGAGUUUUGGUUGUUUUUUUUUUUAAAGAUCAUGAUACAUGCUUUAAAGUUGGACAAAAUGAUGAGAUCAUGAAUUUCUACAAUUUGUUUUUCAUGAUUUAUAUUUUUCCCUUUUCUUACCAAUGUAUUCAUUUUUGCUAUACAUAUGUGGGAAUGUAAAAUGCAAUAAAUCUUUUUGGAAUAACACCAUCUCAGA